AUGACCUCAGAGGUUAGUUCAAAAAAAAAGAAAGGAAAUAAGAAAAAAGGGAAGGAAGGAGACGACUCCACUGCGGUCGGUGGUAGAGGUGAUAGUAACGUGAGUGAUACUAACGAGAAGAAGUUUUCAGAGAGUAUGCUCGCCAUGUUGGCUGAUCAGGCAGCUGCUGAGCUGGCAGAUUCAGUCCUCCAUCUUGUUCAAAUCCCUGAUGCUGACUCAGCAGGCACAGAUUCUGACUCAUUAGAAGAGGAGGAGGAUGGGGAGGAGGGUGGGAGAGAAGUGAGAGAGCAGAAGGGGAAGGGCAAAAGGGAUAGUGAGGGGGAGUGGCAGGUAGAUCCAGGGGAGGUAGAUCUGGUGCUGGUGCUGCUGCAGCUGCUACAGGCGGUCCCCCCUGACUGCUGGACGGCUUCAGAUGCGCUGCGAUUGGUCGAAUGCCUGGCUGGCGUUGAACGGUGCUUCAUGGCGCCUCUGCUUCUCCCUUCUCCCUCACCUACAUCUGCCUCUCAUUACAGUCACAUUCACACUCUAUCAACCCACCAACAGCAGCAGCAGCGAUCAUUCUUCCCCUCCUUUUCCUCCUCUCCCUCCUCUCUCCUCAUGCACUGUUCCCUUGCCUGCAGAAUCACCCUUCUCCGUUUUCUCUCCCUCCACCAAUCCCUCUCUCAUCCCUCGCCUUCCGAACCAAGUUGCCCCGACCCUGGGUCUGGUCUGGUGCCGAAGCUGCUACCAUGGCUGGUGGUAGGCUCGGUGGGAGCAGGUGCUGUGAAGCGAUGGGAACAGCAGGAGGGACGGAAAGGGGAGGAGAUGGCAUGGGCUGGGGGGGCAUUGCGGGAGGGUGGAGGGGCAGUGCGAGAUGGGGGAGGAAUGGGGGAUGGGGAGGCAUGGGAAGCGAUGGAAUGGGUUGGGGUGGCCAUGGGGGGUGGGGAGGCAUUGGGGGUUGAGGAAUCAUGGGAAGCGAUGGUGGCGGCGAGUGGAGCAGCAGUGGGCAUGGCAGUGCAUGCAGUCAUGAUGGAUGGUGGGGAGGAGGGGAGCAAGGAGAGGGGCGAGGAGGAAGGCAAGAAUUCAGAAGGGAGGGAAGAAGCUAUGGAUGAUGCAGAUGAUGCGGAUGGUGCGGAUGGUGUGGAUGGUGCAGGUACAGAUGUGGGUACUGCCAUCGCCCGUCUGUCUCGCUCCCAUCCCGAGACUGCCACAGCUCUCAUCUCCUCUGUUGAGAUCCUCGCCUGGGUCCCCCGCUGCAACCCCACUCCUACUGCUGCUGCAUCAGCUGUAACAGCUGUAGCAACAGCAGCACCAGCAUCUGUAGCACCAGCUGCUGCUGCUGCGGAGGCGUCUGCAGCGGCUGUAGCGGCGGCUGUGAGCUCGGGAGCGCUGUGGGAGAUGGCAGCUGUAGCAGACGGAUUGAGCCAUGCUGGCGAUGAGUCAGCAGCACCGGCUGUAGCGCGUGCUACAGUGGGUUCGGCUACAGCUGUUGGUGAGGUGGGCAGUGAAGGGUCAUUGCUGGCACGAUGGGGUGGUAAGAUCCCUGCCACGUGGCGUGCUCUAAUUGGCUGCCUGGAGCCUGCUGUUGAAGGGGCGUUGAGGGGGAUGCUGGGGGAGAGUGAGAAGGGGAGAGAGGAGGGAGGAGGAGAAGGAGAGGAAAAGGAGGUGGGAGGAGAAGACAUGGACGAUGGUUUGGAUUGGAUGCCACUGCAUGAACUGGGGUUUGAUGUGGCUAAGGAUGGUGGUUUGGAUGAUGUGCGUGGUGGGGAUGUUGGUGGUGAUGGGGAUGGUAUUGGUGAUGUGAAGGGGAUAGGUGGGGAUAGGGUGGAGGAAGAUGAGGAGGUGAGUGAUAAAGAGGAGAGCGAGGAAGAGGAAAGUGAGGCUGAGGACGAUGAUGGUGAGGAGAAUGAGAGUGAGGACAGUAAGGAAGAGAGUGAAGAAGAGGAGAGUGAGGACAGUAAGGAAGAGAGUGAAGAAGAGGAGAGUGAGGAAGAGAGUGAGGAAGAGAGUGAGGAAGAGAGUGAGGGGAGUGAGGAGAGUGAGGAGAGUGAGGAGGAGAGUGAGGAGGAGACUGGGGAUGAGAUGGAAGUGGAUGGAGAUGCAAGUGCCAGCAAGCGGGGGAAGAAGCCACGUCCCCAGUCACCUUCCAAGACAGAGAGAGGAGCAGCAGGAGGAGCAGGAGGAGAAGUGGGACGAAGAGGAGAAGGUGCAGAGUGGGAGGAGAGCUGGUUACGCAGUUACCACCUUCCAGACUCACAGAAACACGCCCUCCGUCGCCUCCUUACAAGCGCAUCCGAUUGUGUCACAGCAGCCCACCUGUUCUCUGCUGCCGCUGCUGCGCUGCAUCUCAGGUGCGCCCUAGUCAUGACCGAGGGGGAUAAGGAACCGACCAGAGAAGGUGGAACGGAGAAGGCGGCACAGACGGCUCAAGAGGGAGGAAAAGGGCUAGGGAGAAGAAAAGAGAGGAGGGGAAAACGGGGUGCACAGGUGAAGGGAGAGGAGGAGGGAGGGGAGGAGCAUGAGGAGGAUAAAGAGAAGGAGCAAGAGGAGGAGGAGGAAGAGGAGCGGAGAGUUGUGGGAGGAGAGCAGCUAGAAGCACAGAAGAGGUACGUCCUGUCGCGUGCGUUUGUUGAGAGCGCCGUGCAGCCCAGGCUUGCGUCCGCCCUCUUCAUUCUCCACCACGCCUCCCUGCUGCUGCGAGUGGAUGCCCAAGCGGCACCUCCAACGCCCUCUUCUGAACUCGCCACAGCUGCCGCAGCUGCCGCAGCUGUCACAGCUGUCACAGCUGUCACAGCUGCUACAGCUGCUACAGCUGCUGCAGUGUCCACAGGAGUGGCGGCACCGGGACCGAAAGAAGCAGGUGGUGGUUCUGCCUCAGUCCCAGCUGUGCUACGCUCUGCAGCGCCUCUCCUCCUGGCGGUGCUGCAAUUCACACAGGUCGCUGGCACGCGCAUGCUUCGCUGCGUCUCUCCCCACCCCCCCGCCUCCGCCUUCCGGCGAAUCGUGCGAGUCCACCUGGCGCUCCUCUCCGCCCUCUCCUUACAGUCACAGUCACUGUCACUUUCUGCAGGAUCAGCAGCAGCGGAAGUAGAGGCAGCACAGCAAGUGGUGGCGUCGCUGCUGCAAGCCACAGACGGGGCGUUGAAGCAGUUUGUGCAGUGGGCGUCGCACGGGUGGGUGGCAGUGGUCUUCCGCACCUGCAGGCACGAGCUCGCCUUGCACGUGGAGGGGGGCGCUGGAGGAGGGUGGGCAGGGCUGGGAGAAGGGGAAAGGGGAGGCGAGAGGGGAGAGGAGAGAGGAGAGGCAAGGCUGCAGGCGAGGGCUGGGGCCAGCGGGCAAAGCACGUAUAUCAAGGGGAGUGCUGCUCAUGCAGAAGGGGACCUCUCAACGGAGUUUGGCAGCUCAGCAGGAUUGGAGAACGGUCCAAUAGGGUUGGAUGCGGUGGCAGUGCUGGCAGAGAAGCUCAUUCACAGCUGCCCCAGCGGCCAGUCGCUGCACUUCCUUGCUGCCCGCUCGCCCCUCCUCGCCUCCCUACUCUUCAAAGCCAUUACCUCCUACACACACUCUCAUCUCUAUCCAUCCUCCGACUCCUCCGCCUUUCACGUCCCCUCGUUACCCGCACUCGCUCCCUCACUCUUUCCUGGGCUCAACCUCUCACCCGCUCCUUCGAUUACUCCCGCCAGUUUUUUCACCAUCUGCCAUCACAGCCUGUCAGCUCUCACGACUCUCGCUGCCCGGAGCGCAAUUUUCCCUUUUCGGGCAGGCCACAUCAGCCUGGGUCUCGCCUGCCCGAACCUCAUUCUGCCCUCCAUUGCAGCUUCUCCUGAUUCGUCCGUUGGCAUGGGCCUGGGCGAACGGGCGGCGUUGUUUGUUGGUUUCUGCCAGCUGCUUUGUGCUAUCAUUCGUCAGAGGAGCCGGUAU